AGCAAGUCACGCUGUGAGGUUUGACCUGACUGACUGUGAGCUAUGCACCAGCUACUGCAUCUGCUUCUGUAAACAAGAAGGAAGUCGUCUAUCUGCAGUGUACAGAGGAGCUUUGAGACUAUAACCAUUUGUGCUGUAUCACACAUUAUAUUUCUAUGUGACACCAUGACUUUUGAGGUGAUAGUCUUUGACAUUUCUCAGAUAAGAGGAUUGUGGGAAACACGGGUCAAGAAGUAUAAACAAAAAAUCAAGAAAGAACAAGAAAGGAUUGAGUCAAGUGCUUUGCAGAAGAUUAAGCAAGAAUGGAGUUUUAUGUUGGAAUGCAGAAAUAAAGGAAUACCACAGGCUGAAUACCUAAAAAAUGGUUUUGUUGAUACUGAGUUAAACAUCUUAGAAACUAUUAAAAAGAAUUCCCACAUCACUAAGGAAGGUCCACCCUUAAAGAAGAAAGAAGAAAAAGCAUUUAUUUUUGAGCUUUAUGGAGAGGACUGGGAGGAACUUCCAGAUUAUCUGAAAGAGAAGACUCACCUUAAAGAGUGGCAUGUGAACAAAACACGUAUACAAAUCAUUCCUGCUUAUAUACAGAUGUUUCAAGAGCUGAAAGUUUUGGACAUUUCCCAAAAUAAAAUAACAAGCCUUCCACCUGAAAUAGGUUGUUUGGAAAACCUGAAAGAACUCAAUGCUAGUUUUAACAAUCUAAAGAACAUACCACCUGAAUUGGGAAACUGUGAAAAACUUGAAAAACUGGAUUUGUCUGCAAAUUUUGAUAUUGAAGAGCUUCCUUUUGAGCUGAGUAACUUGAAAAAGGUCACUUUUGUAGAUGUAUCAGCAAACAAAUUCUCUUCAAUUCCAAUUUGUGUCUUACGGAUGUCAAGCUUGCAGUGGUUCGAUACCAGUGGAAAUAAUUUAAAGGAUCUUCCACAAGAUAUAGACAGGUUGGAAGAACUGAAGACCUUACUGCUACAUAAAAAUGAGCUAACCUAUCUUCCAAUGGAGCUGACCAAUCUUUGUAAAUUGAGAUUGCUAGUUGUCAGUGGUGAGAGUUUGGUUGAGAUACCCUCUGCUCUUGUAGAAAAUCCCUCUCUAAAGUACGUAAAACUUCUUGAUAGUCCCAUUGAUGGAAGCUUAUGUUCAGAUGUUGAAAAUAAAGAUGAAAACAACAGAGAGCGUCAACAGUUUGAGAAAGAAUUCAUGAAAGCUUACAUAAAGGACUUAUCUGAAAGAGAAACCACGCCCAGUUAUACCACAAAGGUGUCAUUAAGUCUGCAGAUAUAACGAUUUAAAAAUGAUGAGUGAAAUACAAGUGUUCCUGGUAAAUGGCUGAGUUCCUAUUGAACAGUUAUCUUUUCAACAAUUUUCACAUGAGUUAUGUUUCAUUGACAUACUGAACCUUCGGAGGAGAUUUUUUUAUUUAUUUUUUGUUCACAAGUACUUUAUAUUAAGCAUGUUACAUUUAGAAAACAAAUGAAAUUAAAAAAACCAUAAUAACUUUUUUUUAUAAACAUAUACUGUAAUUUCAAGUCUAUUUUUUAAUGCAGACAAUGGGGAAUAUUUAACAAUGUGCGAGCGGACGUGAUACGGAGUAGCGUAUCAUGGCCACUGUACAUCGCUGCCCAUCGAUAAAUGCCGACAUCAUACGCUGUCUGCAUUUAUCAUUGCACCAGCAUUUCUUGUGAACUGCUGGUGCAAUGCCGCCCCCUGCAGAUUCUCGGCGAAUCGGCUGCUAGCAAGGGGUGUCAAUCAACCCGACUGAAUUCGAUUGGGUUAAUUUCUGUCUACCACCUCAGAGUAGGCGGACAAGUUAUGGAGCAGCGGUCUUUAGACUGCUGCUGCAUAACUUCUUGAUAACUGAAGGCUCACCAGAAACAAGGGGCCUCAAGCUCCAUACAGAGCUUGAGAAAUAUGCCCCAAUGCAUGGAGUUUUCACAUUCUAGUUAGAGUAAGAUGACUGAUAUUUAAAUAUUUUUAUGGAUUACUAAGAAUGUCUUAAUAACAAAAAAAACCCCAGAAAAACAAUGACAUUGUCUUAUAGAAACCCUGGUAUAUUGCUCACUAAAAACCAUUACAUUUGGGUACAAUAAGUUAAAGGACCAGUUUACUCAUGGCUAAUUGGGUUGAUAAGCAGAUAUAACUCUUUAAUAAAAACAAAAGAAGAUGACAAGCAUAAUAAUUAUAAUGAUGAUUAUUUAGUUUUUUACCUUUUUUCACUACUCCCUCGCCCUCUCCGCUCCAUGCCCUGGACCACACAGACAAAAGGGCUGUGCUAGAGUGCGUUUGUUUCUCGCCCCACAGCCAAUCAGAAGUGCUUAGUAAAUUUUAUGCAAAUGACCUAAGGAUUACAAUGCGCAUGCACAUUCUGUCUCAUAUGCACAUCCUAUUCUACAGUGCGAUGACGCUGGUACACCAAAUUGCAUAGCAGAGAUAUGUGCCAGAAUAAAAAGUAACAGUUGUAUCAAGCUGUGUAAACUUGGAUGCGGCUGUUACUUAGCACUGAGUACUGCAGGCUGUGAAAGGAUUGGGUGAAGAAAAUACAAAAUUACACUGGCACAAUAUAAACAUUGUUUUAAUAACCCCACAGAAUAGGCUAUUUGUUAGCAGGUGAAGCAGCAAUGUAUGAUGCUUCUCUAAUAAACUACACAUGCGCACAACCUGCAGCUACAUGCAUUGAGAUCAAGGAGAAAACUGUCCACUGUCAUCGUAGGGGCCGGCGCAUGUGUAAUGUGCUGCAGGGAGAGAGACCAAAUGGCCAUUUGGCCAGAAAAUAUUGUUUGGGGUAUGGAAAAUAUUGUAAAAAAUAUUGUAAAAAAAAUAUUUAUAAACAUAGGAAGUGAUAUAUACUUAUUGCCCAACACCAACAUAAUUAACUAUCAGCUAGAUUACGAGUUUUGCGUUAUGAGUGAAAAAGCAUCGUUAUGCUUCAUAACGCUGCUUUUUCCCUAACGAUGCUAUUGCAAGUCUUGUAGGUAUAGGUGUACCGCACACCUUUUUAGCCAUCAUGCAAUGUCAGUACUGCACUUUUAAAAAAGUCCUUUUUCAAUGGGACUUCCAUAACGCCGGUAUUACGAGUUUGCCUGGGAGGCCAAAAAGUGAGCGGUACACUCUAUACUGACAAGAUCCGUACAGCCAUCUAAAGUCAGUAGUUAUGAGUUCUACCUUACAAAUCUGUAGCAUAAAACUCAUAACUAAACUGCUACAAAGUACACUAAACACCCAUAAACUACCUAUUAACCCCUAAACCGAGGCCCUCCCACAUUGCCGCUCCGGACAUCGCCGCCACAAUUAAAAUGUAUUAACCCCUCUUCCGCUGCUCCCCGACAUCGUCGCCACUAUAAUAAACCUAUUAACCCCUAAACCGCUGCCCGUCUGCAUCGCGAACACUACUUAAAUAUUAUUAACCCCUAAUCUGCCGUCCACCCACGCCGCCACUAUAAUAAACAUAUUAACCACUAAACCGCAAGCCCCCAAAAUUAAAUAUACUAAAGUAAAUUAUUAACCCCUAAACCUCUGACCUUCCAUAUCACUACAUAAAUAUUUUAACCCCUAACCCUAAUGUAACCCUAAUUCUAACCUUAGCCCUAACAUAACCCUAACCCUAACACCCCCUAACUUAAAUAAAAUUAAAAUAAAUCUAAAUAAACCUUACAAUUAUUACCUAAAUAAUUCCUAUUUAAAACGAAAUACAUACUUACCUGUAAAAAAAAACCUAAGCGAGCUACAAUAUUACUAAUAGUUAUAUUGUAGCUAUCUUAGGUUUUAUUUUUAUUUUACAGGUAAAUUUGUAUUUAUUUUAACUAGAUAGACUAGUUAGUAAAUAAUUAUUAACUAUUUACUAACUACCUAGUUAAAAUAAAUACAAAUUUACCUGUAAAAUAAAACCUAACCUGCCUUACAAUAAAAUCUAACAUUACAAUCAAAUCAAUAAAUUAAAAUAAUCAAAUACAAUUAUCUAAAUUACAAAAAAAACACUUAAUUACACAGAAUAAAAAACGAAAUUAUCAACAACAACAAAAAUCUAAUAGCCUUAUCAAAAUAAAAAAGCCCCCAAAAUAAAAAAAAACCUAGCCUACACUAAACUGCCAAUAGACCUUAAAAGGGCCUUUUGCGGGGCAUUGCCCCAAAGAUAACAGCUCUUUUACCUGGCAAUAAAAAUUACAAACACCCCCCAACAGAAAAACCCACCACCCACCCAAACCCUCCAAAUAAAACUCUAUCUAAAUAAACCUAAGCUAACCAUUGCCCUGAAAAGGGCAUUUGGAUGGGCAUUGCCCUUAAAAGGACAUUUAGCUAUUUUACGGUGCCCAAACCCUAAGCUAAAAAUAAAACCCACCCUUAAAAAAACACUAACCCCCGACGAUCCACUUACAGUUUUGGAAGAACGGACAUCCAUUCUCAUCCAGCCGGCAAGUCCUCAUCCAAGCUGGCAGAAGUCCUCAUUGAAGCCGGCAGAAGUCUUCAUCCAAGCGGGCAGAAGUCUUCAUCCAAGCGGCCAGAAGUCUUUAUCCAGACGGCAUCUUCUAUCUUCAUCCAUUCGGCGCAGAGCGGGUCCAUCUUUAAGACAUUCGGCGCAGAGCAUCCUCUUCUUCUGAUCGUUGCUGCAAAAUUAAGUUAACUUUAAGUGACAUCAUCCAAGCUGGUGUCCCUUACAUUCCAAUUGGCUGAUAGAAUUCUAUCAGCCAAUAGGAAUUAAAGUGGAAAAAAUCCUAUUUGCUUACCCAAUCAGCCAAUAGGAUUGAGCUUUAUUCCUAUUGGCUGACCCAAUCAGCCAAUAGGAUUUAGCUUGCAUUCUAUUGGCUAUUCCAAUCAGCCAAUAGAAUGCAAGCUCAAUAGUAUAAAGUACAGUCAGUACAAAUUAGAAAUCUGAGUGCAAUAUCCAUUAUAAAUCUAGGGCUUUCACAAAAUAGGUUAGGGGACACAACAAGGAUAAAGCCUGUUGUGAGUACAGUAUGUUAUAUAAAAAGCUUAAGAUAAAUGUUCCUGAAGUAUAAAUCCAGAAACCUCAAGUUUUUUUUUAAAUAAAUUAUACCAGAAGACUUCUUGUACAGUUAUAUCAGAUAGGUGCACAUUCCUGAAGAUCUCAUAAUGGGGUGGUUUGCUACUGAUGGGGUGAAUAAGCCGAUGUAUAAAGGCAACUGUGAGGAGAGGAAGGAAGGAGAGAACAUUUUUUAAAAAAAGGGCAGUUGUUGUAAUCUCUCUAGCCAGGGUGACCAGGUCUCAUGAUAGAAGUCAACUUUAUCAAGAGCCCUGUGGGAGUACAAUUCUGUUUGAUGUAUUGGACUGUGGAAAGGAUUUGAGAGAUGGGUGGUGGGUCUUUAGUUUUCCACAAUCUUGCUAAGGCUAGUUUGGUAGUCAUAAAGAGGUAGAUUGUUAGAGCUUUUCUGGCCGGGGUCAUAUUUGGGCAUAGUAGAUGGAGUAGGGAUGCCUCUGGACUAAAAGGUAGAACAAUGUUUAGUUGAUUAAGGAUUCUAUACAGCCUUCGCCAGAGAGGUUGAACCCUGGGACAGGGCCACCACACAUGCAAGGUUGUGCCCAAGUGUCAGCAUUCAUGCCAACACAUAGGGGAGUGAGUGCCAUACAAAAAUAAAUUGAGGAUGUGAGACAAAUUCCCAGGCAAAAUGUAUUGGAAGAUAAAGAGGGGAAAGAGAAAAAGAAAUCUAAUAGAUUCAUCUUUGUCAGUCAGUAUUCAAAAUUGAAGAUACUGAUGGGGGUGAAUAAGCCAAUGUAUAAAGGCAACUGUGAGGAGGGUAAGGAAGGAGAGAAUUUUUUUUAAAAAAAGGGCAGUUGUUGUAAUCUCUCUAGCCAGGGUGACCAGGUCUCAUGAUAGAAGUCAACUUUAUCAAGAGCCCUGUGGGAGUACAAUUCUGUUUGAUGUAUUUGACUGUGGAAAGGAUUUGAGAGAUGGGUGGUGGGUCUUUAGUUUUCCACAAUCUUGCUAAGGCUAGUUUGGUAGUCAUAAAGAGGUAGAUUGUUAGAGCUUUUCUGGUCGGGGUCAUAUUUGGGCAUUGUAGAUGGAGUAGGGAUGCCUCUGGACUAAAAGGUAGAACAAUGUUUAGUUGAUUAAGGAUUCUAUACAGCCUUCGCCAGAGAGGUUGAACCCCGGGACAGGACCACCACACAUGCAGGGUUGUGCCCAAGUGUCAGCAUUCAUGCCAACACAUAGGGGAGUGAGUGCCAUACAAAAAGAAAUUGAGGAUGUGAGACAAAUUCCCAGGCAAAAUGUAUUGGAAGAUAAAGAGGGGAAAGAGAAAAAGAAAUCUAAUAGAUUCAUCUUUGUCAGUCAGUAUUCAAAAUUGAGUAAUAAGAUACGUAAGAUAAUUUCCAAUCAUUGGCAUAUAUUACAGACCUGUAACCCUGAGGUAAUGGAGUUUAGAGAGCCACCUAUGCCUGCCUUUAAAAGAGGCAGAAAUCUGAAAGAUUUAUUGGUACAUGCUGACAUUGGCCCUUCGAAAGCCAUAGUACAAGGUUAUAAAGGCAAAAAGAAUUUUGGUUGUUUUCCAUGCCUUGGCUGUUCCAACUGUAAUAACAUGAUUAUAGGCCCUUCAUUUAGUCACCCCAGUACGGGUAAAAAAUUUGACAUCAGGGUACACUAUACUUGCAACACUGACUUUGCGGUGUACUACAUUAAAUUCCCAUGUGGGAUGGGGUAUGUUGGGGAGACCACCCACUCAGUCCGUAAAUGGAUACAUCAGCAUAAAAGUAGUAUAAGAACAAAAAAAUAGAUGCCCCUGUUGCCAAUCAUUUUUUAUCUGCUGGGCACAAUUAAACUCAGCUAAGGUUUCAAGUAUUGGAACAAGUAGGACACCUAAGACGAGGUGGGGAUAGAAAUAAAAGGUUAAAAAUAAGAGAGGUCCUUUGGAUCAGUAAAUUAGAUACCCUGUACCCUAGGGGGAUGAACAAAGAGCUAGAUUGGUGCCUUUAAGGGGUUACACCAUAUAAAUUGUGGUGAUUGGUGUGAUUCUGUAAUGCAUAAUUGUAAUGUGUUCUAGGAAAAUUAUGUCUAUUAUAUUACUUCAGUGGACAUUUUUGCUGAUUAAUUAUUUAUUGUAUGUUGUUAUACCGACAAUAAUAUUCUGUAAUUGCGAUAUUUCUAAUGACCACUAGAUGGCAUUUACAGGUAUGAUGUAUGGUGGGAGUGGUCUAUAAGGGUAUUUAAGCUCUAUUAACUUUAGGUGUAACCAUGCAUGAUUAAGGACUAAGUCCAAAAUUUUGCUAUUUUGUGGUCUGGCUUUGAUACUGUGCAGUUUGCACGAAUAAAUAUGUUGAAGAUA